AUACCUAAGAGUUCUUUUCUCCUAAUUUUAAGGUUUGUCCAUGAAUAAUUUAAAUGACCCUCCAAAUUGGAACAUCCACCCCAAUGCCAGGGACGAUGGAGGCCAUGGAAGCAAAUGGAAUUAUGCUUUGCUGGUUCCAAUGCUGGGACUGGCUGCCUUCCGUUGGAUCUGGUCCAGAGAAUCUCAGAAAGAGAUAGAAAAAGAGAAAAAAAAUUUCUAUCGAAAACUGUCAACAGUACAGAGAGAGCUUGAAUCUAAAUACCGUGAUAUAAUUACUGAAAAUCGCCGUUCCGUUGCCCACUUAGAGCUGGAAUUGGAAAAGGAACGGAACAGAACGUCAAGUUACCGUGAGGCCCUCGUCUCGCAGAGCCGUAAGUUGGUGGAGGAAAGAAGAACCCUGGAAAAAGAGCAUGCCCAAUUGGAACAAGAAAAAAAGGCCCUGCAGCAUUCUGGAGCCGUUGGCGCUUUGUACCAAAGUUGUCUGGAGAAAGAAGCGCAGUGGCACAAGAGAGCAAGUGCUUUGCUCAAAGAGUUUGAGGAAACUCUCACUGAAAGGCAGGAGAUCUACUGCAGCCUGAUGCUGCCAAGAACCCAGCGACUGGAAAUUGAGAAGAAUUUACUCAUUAAAGCAGCAACAGAUCCAGUUGCUUUGGACCUGGGAAUGGAGACAGGCUUGAAAGAUAUUUUUAGGCACGAUACUUAUUGCAGCAACUUGUUAAACACAAAUAAACGUCGAAACGGGAGGCUGAUGUGGCUUUACCUUCAAUACUGGGAAUUGUCUGUGGAACUUAAGAAGUUCAAGAGGGUAGAGAAGGCCUUGUUGGGAAAUUAGCGGCUGAAACCAGUGGCCAUCCAGAUCAGUAUCAGGUACA